UUUUAAUAAAUAUGGCAGCUCAGGUUGCUAAUUCUCAAUUUUCAGACUCUCAUGGCAGAGAAGAGGACAAAAAUGAGAACUCAUCGGAAGGUGUUGCUCAAAAUAUUAUUGAUAAUUUACAGAAUGAAUUUGAAGCUAUGUCUCACUCAAAUUUGGCUAUUAUUGAUACAGACGAUCGAGUAGAGGACAUUCUUUAUGGCAAUCCUCUAUGCUCUCUGAAAAAGACCUUUGGAUUAAUUAUUAAACUACUUUUGGCUGCUUUUAUGCUCGGAGUUACAUGAGUUUUGAUGUGGGUGUUCAAUACAAACCAUCCUGCAGCUGAGAGCACAGUUAUGUUCAUUACCAUGAAUGGGGUAGCAGCUCCAUUUAUACUGAUUUUAGUCAAUAUACUCAUCACUCUGUUCUUUCUUCCUGGAAUAUUUGGUGCUCUUUUGUGUGGGUACAGUUAUUGAUUUAUACUUAAUAAUGUCCUACUAGUCUUACUUGCAGGAACAUCAACAUGAUUUAUAGGGUUUUCUAUCGGAAGCAUCAUAGCAAUGUAUAUUGGAAGAUAUUUGGCAAGGAGUUGCAUUCAAAAGAUACACGAUAGAAAUAAAUAUCUCCGAGCUCUUAGCAUAUGAUUUAAAAAGAGUGGUCUUAAAAUCAUGUUUCUUCUGAGACUUUCGCCAUUAAUUCCAUAUAACUUGUUGAACUAUGUAAUGGGAGUUUAUCCUAUAACAAUUAUGCAAUUCUCAAUUGCCAACCUAGGCAUGAUUCCAGGAAUUUUGAUAUAUGUGUACAUUGGAACAGCUGUUUCUAGCAUCGGAGCUCUGUUUGAGACGAGUAAUGGAAGUUCUAUCCUUAAAAUAAUUAUGUUCUCAAUAGGACUUGUUGUUGCAGUAGUUGCUAUAAUUUUCAUAAUUGCUUAUACAAAAAGAGAACUUAACAAAGCAUUGAUAGAGAAGGAGAAAGAGGAAGCUAAUAAACCAAACGAAGAUCAAGAAAAUCAUUUACAAGAUAUCAAUAAUGACAAUCAGUCAGAAUCUUAUGAGAUAGAACUAAGUAAUAGAGGACGCAAUCUAAGUCAGAUUCGCCCAUUUCAAGAACCUGAUCCUUCUCCAACAAUGUAUUGAACUAUGAAAAAGCAAAGCAAUGACAACUCUGAUAGUCAAAACAUAAAAUCAGAAGAGAGAUUCCAAAGAAGUAUGAGUGAGAAAUACUCUCUAAAAAUCGAAAUCAAUCCAAACCCUUGACCGAACAAGUCAAAUAUAUCUAACAGAGCCUGCCAUCUAACUUCAGUUAUAAAAUUAUAG